ACUAUAAAUAUGCGGUUCGAUCUCGUUAUCAAAUCACACACUACCGAAACUCGGAACAAACAACAACUACUUUUCCUGUGUGGCUUUCAGCGGUUAGCUAAUAGCCAUGGUGUUUGUUUUUAAGGUCGCCCUUUUAACGGCGCUUGUUUAUGCUGCAAGUGCUGGUGUACUGUCUGGAGAACACAGUCAUGAUUCCUAUGUAUCAUCAGCAUCACAAGCACCUUCUGCAUCAUAUGGAGCACCUUCAAAUUCUUAUGGCCCUCCUGCUUUAUCUGCACCUUCUGGCGGUUUUAGUUUAAAUGCUCCAUCAUCUGGAGCUGCCGUACAUGAAUCACAAAUAAGCCACAGUCACUCAGUUGAAAGCUCAUCGUUCGUUGAAAGUGGACCAUCAUUCUCAAGUGGAAAUGCUUUCAGUAGUGAGGUUGAUGGUUCCGCCGCUAAUAAUGGUUACAUAUCCAGUAGUUCAGCUGUUGGCAGUUCUGGUUUUGGAGCUGUUGAAGGAUUAGGUUCAAGUUCAGGUCUCGAUGGAGCUGCUUUUGGUAGCAAUGGAGGUGGAGAACUUAGCAAUCUGGGUGGUUACAGCUCAUCGGGUUCUGGUGGAGCUUUGAUUGAUGCUGGAAUUAAUGGUGGUGCCGGAAUUGGAGGUCUUGCUCCUAGCGGUCCGGUUCUCUCUGAACCCCUAGUUAAUAAUGCCGCUAUUUCAGCUGUUGGAGCUCCUAGAGUUAUUGGAACCAGUGUAUCCGUUGGUCGUCCUGUUGCCGAAGCUUCGAGAUACGAGCUUCAAUCAGUCGUACAAAACGUUGUUCGCCGAAUCCCAAUUGAGGUGGUUCGUCAUGUCCAAGUAUCUGUGCCUCAGCCCGUACCAGUCCCUGUUCGUCAGGAAGUCAGAGUACCUGUCCCACAACCCUACCCCGUCCACGUCGAUGUUGUUAAGCAUGUUCCUUACCCAGUAUACAAAACUGAGCAUGUUGAAGUAGAAAGGCCUGUGCCAGUUGAAGUUGUGAAGCAUGUGCCAGUUGAAGUCAUCAAGAAAGUCCACGUACCUGUUGAUAGGCCUGUAGAAGUGAUUAAGAAGGUCCAUGUACCUGUUGAGAAGACUGUUGAGGUACCCGUACCUGUAUGGAAACCAUACCCAAUUCAUAUCAUCAAGCAUGUUACUCACUACAAGAAAAAGAGCUGUUGCUGGUAAUUUUAAAAGGAAUUGUGAUGGUGCCAAAUAGUCAUAUACAUUGUAAAUACUUUAGUCACUAGUUGUAAAUACAAAUAGAGAAAUAAAAAGCAUAUUACCAUAUACAGA